GCUUUUUUGCUUUCCCCUCCCCAACUGAAAAGCGUCUUCCGCCAAAGGACCGGGUGCAGCCGGGGAAUCCCCUCCGGCCCGGCCGCUUUCACCGUCCCCAAAUUCCCGUCUUAGUAAUUGCUUUUUAGGUACCCCAGCGGGGAGUGAGAGGAGGGCGCUGUGGCCUCCGGUUUCUCGGCCUCUCUCCCCGCCCGGCCCGAAAAUAUGAGGGCAGCCCUUGCGGAACACGCCUGAAGGGAGGGACCCCCGAGGCUCCUCCCGCGCCGCUCCAAGUGCCUUCUAGGCGCACGCCCGCCGGAGCGGGAGAUGGAUAGGACUGAGCUGGAUGGCAGCAGCAGCACAGAAGCUCCCCAGCAAUGCUGCCGGGAGGCUGAGCGGGCUGUCGGUGAAGUGGCGGGAGCGGCUAUGGAGGAGUCCGCAGCGGAGACUCCUUCUUCAGGGGACUCGGUUGCUUCGACCCCCAAGGCCGUCAGCCCUGUCAGCGCUCCCCAACAGGAACUGAAGCAGCAGCAGCAGCAGCAGCAGCAAGGGGUCAAGAGGCACCACCAUAAGCACAACCUGAAACAUCGCUACGAGUUGCAAGAAACACUGGGCAAGGGUACCUAUGGCAAAGUCAAGAGGGCCAUCGAGAGGUUCUCAGGCAGAGUGGUUGCAAUAAAAUCCAUCCGUAAGGACAAAAUUAAGGAUGAACAAGAUAUGGUUCACAUCAGACGGGAGAUUGAGAUUAUGUCAUCUCUCAGCCAUCCUCAUAUCAUCACCAUAUAUGAAGUAUUUGAGAACAAAGAUAAAAUAGUGAUCAUCAUGGAAUAUGCAAGUAAAGGGGAAUUGUAUGAUUACAUCAGUGAGAGGCGAAGGCUAAAUGAAAGGGAGACAAGACACUUUUUCCGGCAAAUUGUUUCAGCAGUUCAUUAUUGUCAUAAGAAUGGAGUCGUUCACAGGGAUUUAAAACUGGAAAAUAUUCUUCUUGAUGACAAUUGUAACAUCAAGAUUGCAGACUUUGGUCUUUCAAAUCUUUAUCAGAAGGAUAAAUUUCUCCAGACUUUCUGUGGAAGUCCACUAUAUGCAUCUCCUGAAAUUGUUAAUGGAAGACCUUAUCGAGGACCAGAGGUUGACAGCUGGGCUCUUGGUGUUUUACUUUAUACUCUGGUUUAUGGAACAAUGCCCUUUGAUGGCUUUGAUCACAAAAAUCUGAUCAGGCAGAUCAGUAGUGGAGAAUAUCGUGAGCCAACACAGCCCUCAGAUGCUCGCGGCCUGAUCAGAUGGAUGCUGAUGGUGAAUCCUGAGCGCAGAGCAACCAUUGAAGACAUUGCCAACCACUGGUGGGUUAACUGGGGCUAUAAGAGUACUGUUUGUGAUUGUGAUGCCUUGCAAGACUCUGAGUCCCCUCUGCUGUCUAGAUUCAUAGACUGGCAUCAUCGAUCCAGUGGCCUUCAGCCAGAGACUGAGACCAAAAUGAAGUGCCUUUCUAAACCAAAAGGAUCCGAAGUCCAUUUAGAGAGACAGAGAUCCCUCAAAAAAUCAAAGAAGGAAAAUGACAUUGCACAGUCUAUCCAAGAAGGAGUUGACAACUCCUGCAAAUUAAAUUCCAAGAGGCCAAAAGGUAUUUUGAAGAAGAGGAGCAAUAGUGAACAUCGAUCUCACAGUGCAGGAUUCAUAGAAGGAGUAGUCAAUCCAGUAUUGCCCUCCACUUUUAAAAAAGAACAAGAAUUAUGUAGAACAGGUAUACCAAUUAAGAGUGUUUUGGAAGGGGAUAUAACGGGUAAAUACAGCACUAAGCAGUCUUCUUUAAUGCCAAAAAAGGGAAUCCUCAAGAAGACUCAGCAAAGAGAAUCGGGAUACUACUCAUCUCCAGAACGGAGUGAAUCUUCAGAACUCCUGGAUCAUAAUGAGGAGGUAGGAAACAGUGAUACAUCCCCAAAUAUCAUCGAAACGUUAAGGAUAGAGUCUUACAGUCAUUCCUACAGACGGAAGGGUAUUUUAAAACACAGUAGCAAGUAUUCCACCACUACUGCACAUUCAGCUUUGAUCCAUUCUGAUAGACCAGUGACGAAAGGCAUGGAGGAAGCAGGUCUGGCUGUAGAUGGAUUAUCUCGAAGUUACAGUCGCCCUUCUAGUGUGAUUAGUGAUGACAGCAUUCUUUCCAGUGACUCUUUUGACUUGGUGGACUUGCAAGAGAACAAACUUAAAAUAAAAAGCUGUGUGUCUGCUGAAAACUUCCUCCAGAUCCAAGAUUUCCAAGGACUUCAAAAAAACCGCUCACGACCACAGUACCUGAAGCGUUACCGAAAUCGGACAAGUGAUAGUUUUUCUCUUCUUACAGACAUGGAUGAUGUCACUCAGGUCUACAAGAAGGCUCUAGAGAUCUGUAAUAAAUUUAAUUAGCAGAUGGGGAAAAAGUAGGACUGGAGAGAAAGGGUCUUGGAUACCUUUAUGAUGGAGUUGGCCCAAUUAUCAAUUAGCUGAAAGUAACAACAUUGUUAUAAGGAGAAGUCCUUUGAAAAUACCACCUCAUGCUUAUUAUUCAAACUUGGAGUUCAUGCAGUUAAAAUACUACCUAAUGUACAAAGAAAUUAUGGUAAUAUAUGAAGAAAACUCUGGCAGAUAGAAAAAAAAUAAAAUCUUCCAGUGUAGUAAGUUGAAACUAGAUAAAAUAUAAACUGAAAAAAGGUACUUUUCAUUUUUGUUAGAGAAGGUAACUAACUAGUGGAAAAGCUAUAACUUUAAGAGUAAAAAAUAAUCAACAGUUAAAAAUAAUAAAUUAUUGGCGAAUGGAUUUAUCAGUAUCUAUACUGAUGAAUUAAACUUCAGCUAAUUAAGUUGAAUUUCAACCAAAGGAGAUCCUAACUGAAAAAUACAUGCAAAAAGGACUGGGCUAAAAACUUUGUGGGCAUACUUGCCUAGCCAUUUAUUGGAAAUGCUGGUUAUAAUAUUUUUCUUUUGAAAAGCAUUUAGCAAUUUAAGUGGGAAAUAUUUCAUUUUUUAUAGAACUUCAGUUAGCAAGAAAUAGUAAUGUAGUAAAAAUGAUGAGUUGAGAGACAAGAACCAUAUUCUUUUCCCAAUUAGUGGGGACUCUGGAAAUCUGUAUGUCUGCAAUUAAAAAUAAAUUGUUUGAAGUGCCAAGAACCUUUAACAGGUUUUUUUUCACCACUUGUGCGUUUAUGUAAGUUAUAGAAACCAUAAAGUUUUUCUAAAGGAUAAUUUAUGAAACCAUAAGUAUGUUAUGCAAAGUGAUCUAAUGCUGAUUUAAUGAGCUGCAGAAUUUAAGUUUUAUCAAAGACUUUGAGUUUAGUUCUUGCAGACCUCAGUUUAGGACAGAUUUCCAGAGCCCUGUUAAUAGGCAGUGGUGUGAAUGGCUAGAUGAAACAAAGUGAUGAGGAUGACUAGAAGGAAUACACCCAAAGGUGCUUUUUCAAAAGGCAAUUGGACUUCCUUGUUUUGUCUUUGAAGAUGUUUCGCUUCUCAUCCAAGAAGCUUCUUCAGUUCUGAAAGCCCAGUUGUCUUUUGAAAAGCACCUUUGGGAUAACCAUAACCUGGAUGACUGAGAAUCUCCAUAGAUAUUUAGAAGGAGUACAGUUUACGUGUAAGAAAAAGAUAAUAGGGUAGUGGACUUCAUGAGGAAUUCAAUUUAAGAAUAUAUGUGUAUUAUAGAUGAUAUUGUUAGAUCAGUUGAAUCAAAUUGGAGAAAACAAGACAUGAUUCAUGGAUGUCAUUCUAAAAUUUCAAUUAAAGGUUUCAACUCCCAUAAAGAUACCACUUGGGUUUACUGGAUUAUAUGAAAGAAUGUAAGCCUCUUUUUAAAUAGGCACUAUGUGGUUGAUAGGCCUGGGCAAUGGAGACUUCUGACUUACUUUAGGUCACACAUAUCCCAGAAAGCAGUUCAGAGUUUCAGUACAGUAACAUUAUUAAGGUAGUUUACAGAAUCAGUGUUGUAACCCUUUGUUGAAAAAAUAGGCCAACUCAAAUCUAACUAGGCUAAGAGUACUUCCUUCAUUUAAGCUAUGCCAGUUUCAUUACAAAGAACAUAAUUCCCCUCCCUUUAAUUUGAGGCUCCCAAAUUACAGGAAUCUAGUGCCAAUUCCAAAGGAUUUCAAAGCAAAGAUACUAAAAUAUUAGAAUUAACUGACAGUGUGGUUGUACAGUUCUCAUAAUUUUGUUGAAAAAAUGGAUGCACUUGGAAUUUGGGGACUAUGAUGUAGAUGCUUUCAUGAAACAGCUGGUGUGAGGAGGGAAAUUUAAUGUUCUUAAAAUGAAUGAUGUAUGAUCCUGUUCAAUGACAAAACGUACUGUAACUGAAAGACUAAUAAGUCUCUUUUGAAGCCUUCUCUAGCUUCUGUCCACCGAAUGCUGUAUAUUCCAGCUUAAUUUUGCAUUAUUUCUGGACAGAUGUGCACAUAUCCAAA